GCUCUGUUCCUGCUUAUUCCUAUUCCUUUCCGGCUCCUCGAUCGUAUUUCUCAUCCUCUUUCAUAGAUUUUAUAAUAGAUAGAACCAGUAUAGAACUGUACUUGACAAAACUUCCCAUCUCCACUAGCUCCCACCUCGCUAUAGAUAUAUCCACCGGCAUUGGUCGACAACGAAAACGAUAAGCAACGAACAGUAAUGUCAUCCCUCGCAUCGCCCGUAUUCCCUCCAGAACUCUCCGACUACACCAUAGACUUCCUCUAUGACGAUACAACGUCCCUCCGAGCUUGUGCACUCACCUGCAAGACCUGGUUACCUGCCAGCAGAUAUCACAUCUUCAAUGCUGUAAAGCUCAAUGACGCACAGGACCUGGAUAACCUCUCGUCUCUCGUAUCAUCGAACAGCGCACCAGGUAUCGUACCAUAUAUCCAUACCCUUUCCAUAUCCAAGCCGUCGCCGACUUCUGGUCUGUCUCAUCCAACGAGCCGCUCCGUGACGCAGUGGGAGGCAUUUGUGCCCUCCGCGUUGUCCUUGAGGCUCCCGUUGUUAGACACCCUGCAUAUCCAAUCAUUCCUAUCUUUCUGGCAACCUUCCUCAUUUUCCAUCUCGUCAUACGGGCUCUUUUCCUCCGUCCGAUCACUUCAUCUGGCAAAUUCGUCGUUGAGGUCCUUCCAAGAGCUUCGAUCGCUGCUGGGACGACUUCCCAAAGUCGACGAAUUGUGGCUAGACAACGUCACGUUUGGGAUCGAACAGAUGUUUGUAGGUCAAUCGCUUGAAAUGGAUGACGAGGGACGCAUGCACAGUCCCUUUACCAGCCUGACGCCACUCGCAUCCGGUACAUCCACUCCCCGCGGGCUAUCUGGCACGAGUCCUGUAUACGAUCUGGUCUCACUCACCUCCCUCCGAGUCGAUGCAAACCCGAAGCCAAUGGCCAUUUUGCUCGGCUGGCUUCUGUUGACACCGUCCAUCCAGACGCUGCGAAAUGUAACAUUCGCUGCUCUUGAAGCGCAUGACUUCGAUGCAGUUAACACAUUUCUCGGCGUCGUUGGGGGAUCUCUAGAGAGGUUGUCGAUAGGGUUAAAGGAAGGGACUGACUUCGUAGACCUUCCGCUCGCAUUCAUACGUAACUUGACGCUGAACGCUCUUACGUUCACGUCACUUUCUCCGACAUCGUCGUCGUCUAACGCCUGGAUUAUCCCCUUCUUCACGCGCUUUGCUGCGGACGCAGUGAACCCGAUCCCCCUACAAUCUGUUACCUUCGAAUUCUCUUCUGAUGCUGCUAUCAAGCCAGCGUCGGAACUCGCUAUGCCUCUUGACUUGCCAGGUCUGUGCAAGGUUUUGAAAGCUACACCGUACAUCUCGCGCAUCGCAUUCCACGGCAUCAAGUCUCACCAAUGCGGUUCUGCAUGGAAGGAUGUACGGCGCGAAUUGUACGGCUGGUCUGGUCAAGUUUUAUUUAAAUAGGUGUCGGUCACGUCGUCUGUAGAUUCUUAGACUCCACUAUAUUGUUCUGGCUUAGGUUAUGGGGACUCUCGUCCGACCCUAGGGCUGGCGUAGGGUCGGGCGCCUAGGGCCCAGGGUUGGGCGGCUGUGGGCCAGGGUUGGGCGUCUGUGGGCCAGGGUUGGGCGGCUAGAGGGCAGGGUUGGGCGGCUAGGGGGCAGGGUUGGGCGUCUGUGGGGCAGGGUCGGUGGUUGUGGGCAGGGGCAUAUGGACGUCGGUGGUGUGAGGUGAGCGUUCCGUCCAGGACGGAAAGAGAGAGUGGCAGACAUGGGUGGGAGAAGCGCCGAAGAGAUGGGUGCAGAGAUUCCCUCCUGGAUGGAAUUCUGUGGAGAUGGAUGUAAAUGCAGUGAGAACGGGAUUCCGGUGGGGCUGGGUGCAUGCAUUCCGUCUUGGAGGGAAUUCUGUGUGCAUGAGGUUACUGUUUAUUGGAUGAUGAGAAUGCUGUUGAUCUAAAUUGACAUGCGGCAGUUGCGAGUGAGAAAAAAUGUGACGAAGAUGGAAUAGACCGAAUGAAGGAAGGAUGUGAUGAUGGGCGAGGAGAUUAGCAGUGGAGUGUAAAUGAGGUGAAGAGGAUCUAGGCUAAACGUGAAUGAUGGAAGGGAUAUAUUGGAUGUAUUCUAGGCUACAUUGAUGACGGC